AUGGCCACCGUUAUCACUAUCCAGCCUUCCCCAACGGCUGGCUCGGCAGCCUCCCCAGCCUAUUCACAGGCUCACCAUUCCCCCUCCGAGCAUCUACGCCGUCGCCCUCACCCAUCCUCGACCGCCACUCCCAAUACCCUCUCACCCUCUCCGGUCUCUGGUCAAUCUUCCCUAGCCCGUGUCCCAGGUCGGGAUGGAGCAAGCUGUGACGCCUGUCUUCGUAGACAAAGCCGCUGCGCCAUGAAUGACAUCACCAACAAGUGCUACUCGUGCGACUUCCACCGCCAGGACUGCACGUUCACGCUCUCUGCGGGCUCCGCAGAAGCCCCAACGAAGAAGAGGAAAUUGGACGACUCUACACGGGAACAUGCAGAGUCUGUAAAAAGACCCUCUACCGUCCAAUCAAACCAAACUACCUCCGAGAGCGAGACUCCUCGCCCUCAACAGCCCCACGCCAUGAUUCGUUCGGGCUUUUUCAACCAGACCACCCAGCACAUUGGUAUGACCACCGAGUUGGAGCCCACCCUCCUUGAGUAUCUCCCAUUAGACGAGUACCACGAGUGCACCGUCUCGGCCUCGCGCAUCCGUCGGUGCGCCGACGACUGUACCUUCAUGCGGGUGGUCAAUACCGUGCCCAUCGGCGACUCGCAGGCCGUGUCGCUGGACGCUAUCGAGAGCCUGGUUGCUCCGUACGGGUCAACGCUAAUUGAAAAGUUCUUUGAACAUGUGCAUCCCUCAUUCCCGAUUCUCAUGGAGGAUGCCUUCCGCCAGUCCUACCGUGAGCGCAGGCAAUUGUCGCCUCUGCUGCUGGCUGCCGUGUAUGUGUUGACCCUGAAGUUUGUGGAUGUCGGCGUGUCAUCGCAAACGGCACGGCGGCCCGAUGCCUCGCGAUUGGAGGCCACGGCGCUGAAACUGUUGAUCGAGUCCUUGCCGUACCCGAGUAUCUCGACUAUCCAGGCUGGCCUGCUGUUAACGCAGAAGUCGACUUUGGCGACGGCGUCUUUGAACGGACAACUUGUCACGGCCGGCUUUGAGCUGGGUCUGCACCAAGACUGCUCAAAUUGGCGCAUGAAGACCUGGGAGAAGGGUCUGCGGAAACGUCUGGCCUGGGCGUUGUACAUGCAGGACAAAUGGUCUUCGCUUGUGCACGGCCGUCCUUCGCAGAUCUUCGCUUUCAACUGGACGGUCAAGGAUCUCGUCGAGCAGGACUUCUCGGACGCAUUCGCAUCUGGUACGGACUCUGUCCAUAACGACGGAGAUGUGGGCCACGGGCCUCUUCUCUUCUGCCACAUGGUCGCAUUGACAACCAUCCUUUCGGACAUUCUGGACCGCUUCUACACGCUUCAGGCCAUUGAGGACUUCCGCGCUGCAGGAAAUCAGCGCACGCGUAUCAUCCUGGACAAGGCGAAGCCCGCACAGAUCCGGCUGAAGGAAUGGUUCUCAUCUCUGCCGGCGGCGCUGAAGAUGGAGUCCUCCAGCGGCGAGCUGGUCGAGACAAUCACCGACGAACAUGCCCGCAACGGUGCUCUGCAUUUGGCCUAUUUCGCGACCGAAAUCACUCUGCAUCGCUGCAUCGUGCGCUCGCUGUCCGGUAACGGCACAGACUCGCACCUCGCGCACAUCUGCCGAUCCGCGGCAAAGACACGACUCAUCUCAGCAAUGGAUUUUGUCAACCGCCUGCGACCUGCGCACCUGCGCUCGUUCUGGCCCGCGUCGGCGCGCACGAACUUCUCACUGAUCGGUUCGUUCGGCAUGCUCCUGCGUAUUACGGCGCCGACCAACGAGGAGGCCGAGUUUUACCGUAUACGACUAUGCGAGUACCGCUGGACGCUUAGCGUGUCUCACAAGAAUGCCGAGUUUAUGGGCUUCGCGCUGGAGAGCCUUGACCACGCGACGAUGCUGGAUAAACAUGUCCCUGCCAAGCCGGGCAUCGACGAGCUCAUGGCUAGCUCCGCUAAGCAGCCCUCGCGACCGGUUAUGGGACCCGGUGACUACGACGAGGUUAUGGGCGAUGUCGAUAUGCAUGGCACGGCCGGUAGCUCGUCGGUGAUCUCUGGGCUGGCCUCCCCGGCGACCAGUGUCAGUGAUAUCGAGGACGAUGAGACGUCUAUGGCACCUCUUUAA